AUCACCUUGAACACACCUGGGAUUUGUUGCCACGAGUCAUCAGGACGCAUGCGCGACAGACAUUGGCUGGCUAAUAGUUGAGCUGCUAGCCAAAAAUAAUUGGUCGAAGACUUGGGAGAAAACACAGACAAACGCGUGCAGCAGACAGCCAGGACUGAAGCUCCGAGGAGGCUGAAGUAAACCAGGCAUGAACUAGCAGACUGCUACGCAUCACUACAGUCCUCUUGGAGGAGAGAAGUAUAUUCAUGCAGGUGGCCAUUAAGGUGAUUGACAAGAAGAAAGCCCGGCAGGACUCAUAUGUGCUAAAGAACAUGAAGAGAGAACCUCGAAUUCAUCAGAUGGUCCGACAUCCUCACAUCGUAGUCCUCCUAGAGACCCUGGAGACGGAGAACAGUUACUACAUGGCCAUGGAGCUCUGUGCAGGAGGAGACCUGAUGGACAGGAUCUGUGAGAGGAAGAGGCUGGAGGAGAGGGAGGUGCGCCGCUACACUCGUCAGAUCCUCUCUGCGGUGGAACACCUGCACAAACACGGCAUCGUACACAGAGAUUUAAAGAUUGAAAACUUCCUGCUGGAUGAACAUAACAACAUAAAGAUUGUGGACUUUGGCCUGAGUAACACUCUGAAGGCUGAAUCUUUGUCUCCGGAGCUCCUCAACACCCAGUGUGGAAGUCCUGCCUACGCAGCCCCGGAACUGCUUGCUCACAGAAAGUAUGGACCCAAAGUGGACGUCUGGUCAGUAGGCGUGAGUAUGUUUGCCAUGCUGACAGGGACUCUGCCCUUCACUGUUGAGCCUUUUAACAUCAAACACCUUCACCAAAAGAUGGUCAACGGAGAGAUCAGCAGCAUCCCCAGUGACGUCAGCAAAGGUGCGGCAGCAUUUGUGUUGUCGCUCCUGGAGCCGGACCCAGCUAAGAGACCCAGUAUCAGAGCUGCGAUGGAGGAGAGAUGGAUCAACGAGGGAUAUGCCAAGAAACCACUACAUACACUCUGUCAUAAAAACAGGUUGUGUUCAGAGGAUCUCAACUCCUCUGUGCUGGCAUACAUGACAGAGACGCUCGGCUACUCGCUCUCUGAAAUCAUACAGACGCUCACCAACAACCGACCAUCCGCCAUCAUGGCUUCCUAUCACCUGCUGCUCAACAAGCUCAGCAGGAACCAGAAAGGAACCAAGGCCAGCAAGAUGUUAGAGAGCAAUGACUGGAGUCUUCCGAGCAAGAAUACAUGGAGAGAGAGGAAUAACACUGAAUCAAAGACUCAACAACAGAAUGAACCAACCAAUGAGAAAAGUUCAAAGCCGUCCAGCAGACCUCUCAGAGCCCAGCAGACAACUGAAUGUCAGAACAACAGGAAAAGGCCCGAGGACCUGCGCAGAAAGGACAUGAGAGAGGACGUGGAGAACCGUCCACCCUCUCCAUCUCUACCCCAGCUUCCUCACUCUACAUCCCCUUCAAUACCCCCUCACCAUGCCUCACCCUCCGCCACACGCUUGUCUUCAGAGGAUGGGGCCAUUGAUGAGGAGAUCGCCAUCACCUUGGACACCAGAGAGACACUCUUUCCUGAAGUGUCUGUGUUCGGGGACAGGGAACUUGUCCAUCUCUCUCCUCCUAAAAGCUCUGCAUCUCAACUCUGUGACUCCGCCCCUAGCCAAGUCCCCUUACCUGCUGAGCCAAUCAGAGACAACGGCACGUCGAGACAGAUUCGACAUACACACCUGCUCAGGACUACUCAAUCAGACGGUGCGGCAGAUCCUGGGUCAGACUGCUUCCAUGACAACCGCCACCAGGACGACCACAUUCAUCACCUGAGCAUCAACGAGCGCCUGGAGAAGCUGCAGACAUUUUAUUCCACCGAGAAGAACGGCAUCUCUCCCAGGAUGCUCCUGGAGGCCGACACACACACCGCACACUCCUCAGACAGAGACCACCUGGGUAGCAUAGAGGGGACACAGACAUCACCCACUGCUCCUCUGCCCCGCCUGCGCAACGUGGGGCUGAAAGACGGACGAGGAAGGAAGAUGACAUGGGUUGGGUUGACCCGACCCGCACCCCCAGGACUCCUGGUGAACGGGUCUAAACCUCCCGCCUUCCCCACGCAAAGACAACAUACUUUGGUCAUUAAGAGCCUCAGGCAAGAGAGAGGCAAGAGAAAAGAUCUGUCAGCUGCAGCAGGAGGAGGAGAGAGAGGGACGGCAGGGGGAGUGUUAAAUGGAGCAAAGAGUAACUCCGUUCAGUUACGCUCAUCUCUCCAGCGUCGGGUGGCGGACCUGAAUCUGCCGCUGCUUCCUGCUGCCCUGCAGGGGAAGACAGACAGGAAGAAUCAGCUACACAGCAUGGACUACUGAUACAUAAGCAGGGGGACACGAAAAGGAAAAAAGGUGCUAUGUCAAGAGAUGACUGAAGUUAGUGACAUGUUUAGAAAGCAGAUAAGCUGAAAUGGACGCCACAUUCAGGUGAACAGAUUAUGGGUGGACGGUAUGAAAUACUGACAGCAGUUGAAAACUGUGCAUAGACAUUUUAACAUUCAAACGGCAGCUAUAAAAAAAAAUGCUAUAACUCUCUACUUUUACUGUUCCAUUCAUGCCACCAACAGGACUCGACACAUAGGACGCAUCAUUUAUAUGAUGCAGUGCCAAAAUUUCAACUUUGACUUAACGGAUUUGAAUUGGGCUUUUGGUAGCUAGGGAACACAUUAAUCUCCACCCAGCACACUGUGAAGUGCAGAAUGCGCACAGAUUUGAGGUUGUAUUUGUAUUCACGUGUUCUUAAAUAUUCUUUUUGUACCAACGUUGAAAGUCAAAGUAAAAACACUU